GGGGAUCAAAAUCCUACUCUACACCUCCUCGCGGUGGUCCCUGGGCAACAACCUUUAUGGUUGGCCAAGUAGAGAGGUUUCGCAGCGCAUCGUGCUGUUCAAUUAUCGUUCUCACCAUGCACACUCAGCUCUCUUUGCACAUCACGACCAUCCUAGUCUUUAAGCUUCUUUGUCGCGCAUCUUCGGUCUCGAGUCGCAUUCACAGCAAGUCCGCAAGGCUCCAUGCGACCAGUCUCCGCGACACUUCGAUCAUCAACCCUCCUGCACGCUCGCAUUGCCCUCCAUCCGGGCGCAAAGCUGCUCGGCCCCCUCGGAAUGUCCAGUGAUGUUUUUAGCCAUCGACAGCGCUAUGCGCAUUCAAAGGUAGUCGUAGAUAGAAUCAAUCUUGUUUGUCUCC